UUGAGGGAUAGAUUUAUGACCUCCAUCCACAGCACAUCUUCUGCCUGUACUAUGGUCCUUCUCACAGAUUGCUUUGUGAUUAUGUGAAGCAGAACAAGUAGUUUUUGGUAUUCACGAGCACUUUAACACAAAUCAUGAGCUCCACCCUGGUUAACUCUUUAGCCAAAGUGUACGAUCCCAAUCCGCUUCAUGGUCAGAAGCUUUCUGCAAGGAAAUUUUCCUUGAAUGGAUCAGACCGGUCUCAGGCGUCAUCCUCCUCUUCUCAUCACGAUGCAUCCCUCCGCUGCAUGGAAAGCAGAAUCGACUCCCUCAGCUCCCAGAUGGAGCAUCUGCUCAAUAUGCAGCAGACCGUCCUGAUCCGGCUGGACGGCCUGUCACAGGAUGUGAGAGGCAUGGUUCGGGAUAUGGCCUCCUCCAAUGAAGAGAGACGUGGCUCAGGCAUUGAGGCCAUUUGCAGGGAGUUGCAUGGGGCUGUGGAGCGUAUAGAGAGUCAGGGGUGCAGGCUGGAAGGGGUGGAGAAGCUGGUGGAGGGAACCCAGCAGGUGAUCAGCUUCAUUGGGGAGGUGGUGAAAAGCUCCAAGCUUGUGGAGCUUUUAUUCAAACAACCUGGAAACAAAACCAGCAGGAAGGCAAAAGAUGACAAGGACAAAGCCAAGCAUAGUGUGAAGGGAGGGAAAUCCCAGAAGAAAAGGAAACCUCAAGAUUCAUCAGAUAGCCCCUCUCUGAGUGAGUCGGCUCUGAAGGAGCAGGUUGAAAAGCUCAACAGGGAGAACACCGAGUACUCCCAUGUAAAUCCGGAAGCUGACGUCCAGAGUCGGGAAGAUGCGGGCAGCGGGGUAAAAAGAGGAGAGGAGCUGGCCAAGCUGAUCCACAAAGGGUCACCUGCUCCUGCAAGCCAAACUAAGGAGGGAAGGAAGGGAAAUAAGGAAAGCAAGAAAGAGGAAGAUGAGGGGGAUGUGUUUGAUGACACAGAAGCAGAGGAAGAGGAGCAACAGACAGAAGAUGAUAGUGAAGAAAAGGGCAGAAAAGUGGAGAAUGAUGUUAAGAAAAGACUUGAAGGAGAAUCAGAAGAGUCAUCGGAUUUAGAAAAAGCUAUUUCAUACAUGAGCAACGCGUCCCAGGAAAGCUCUGAGGAUGCUGGAGAUGGGGCCACUGCAGGCAAACGUCGUGUCACAGAAGAAGACCUGGUAAAGGAUGACCUGAAAAAGAGUCGAGUGGAGGACCAUGUAGUGGAAAAUAUUGACGGGCAGUUAGUGGAUGGGUCAAAAUCUGAAGAAGCAAAGCCGGAAGCUAAAGAAGGUGGAGAUUCUGCAGUGAAGGAGUUUGUAAUUGAUGCAGGCCCUCCUCCGACCGCUCCUUUCGAUCACCGCAUUGUGACUCCCAAACCCCAUCAGAUAGCCACCUAUUACACUAUAAACAGGGAUGAAGUUCUGGGCGGGGGACGUUUCGGACAAGUCUACAAGUGCCACGAGAACUCAUCUGGGCUGACUCUCGCUGCUAAAAUCAUCAAAGCAAAGAGUCAAAAAGAGAAGGAGGUGGUGAGGAACGAGAUCCAGGUGAUGAACCAGCUGAACCACGCCAACCUCAUCCAGCUCUACGCAGCCUUUGAGUCGCGGAAUGACAUCAUCCUGGUUAUGGAAUAUGUGGAAGGAGGAGAGCUGUUUGAUCGCAUCAUUGAUGAGAACUACAACCUGACCGAGCUGGACACGGUGCUGUUCAUCCAUCAGAUCAGUGAAGGGCUGCAGUACAUGCACAAAAAUUACAUCCUGCAUCUUGAUCUCAAGCCAGAAAACAUUCUUUGUGUCAGCAGAGAUACAAACAAGAUCAAAAUCAUUGACUUUGGCCUGGCAAGGAGGUAUAAACCCAGAGAGAAGCUGAGGGUCAACUUUGGAACGCCUGAAUUCCUUGCCCCUGAAGUCAUCAAUUACGAGUUUGUUUCAUUCCCAACGGACAUGUGGAGUCUUGGAGUCAUCACGUACAUGCUGCUUAGCGGUUUGUCUCCGUUUCUGGGGGACGACGACAAUGAGACACUCAACAACAUUCUGGCUUGUCAGUGGAACUUCGAAGAGGAGGAGUUUGAAGACAUUUCCGAUGAGGCGAAAGACUUUAUCACCCGUCUGCUGGUGAAGAGCAAGAGUUGGAGGAUGAGCGCAACAGAAUCCCUCAGACAUGCUUGGCUGUCUGACCGAAAUUUGCACUAUCGACUACAUCAGAAGAAAAACAAGUGCCACUCCUCACAUGCUCCACCCCCAGAGAGCUAAACAUAAACAACCAGGCCCUCGGUUUGCCUUGUGACACUGUAUGGCCCUGGGGCCCAACACUGGACCAAUACUGCUGCACCUGUAUAGCCACUGGAUUAUUACGCUCUGCCUCACAUCUUUACCUUUGCAUAGCUGCACAGGUCUAACCUGGAAAAAAGAAACUUUUAAAGCUGCGUGUACUGUCUGCUUGUAAAGUUAUCUAAAAAAAAAACUCUACCCAAACCAGUGAGGACUUUUGUGGUAAACACUGUUGCUGCCACAUUAAAACACUGCAAUAUGUGUCAAGUUCAUACUUGCCACAUGUGUCGAUGAAAACCUGUUCUUUUAGCACAUUUUAACAGUUAUGGUUUUUUGCAUGCUUUGCACACAUUUUUUCAUUUUUAUCCAAGAUUUAACAAACAAAUCUGAAAAAAAACAUUUUUCUUUUAAUAAAUCCAUUAUAUUUUCUUUCUUUUAUUUUCUAAGUCUUAUAGUGAUGUUAUUUUCCUCCAAGUCAAUUUGAAAUCCAAGUCCAUUAAUUUAUUUUGUGUAUAUAUUGCAGCACUGCAUCAGUCUCCCCAAAACAUAAGAACAUCUCAGUGGUAAUGCCCCACUUCAUACUACUGUUGUUGGUAUUUUUUUAACUUUAGAAUGCAUUGACCUCUUUGUGCAUUCAUGCCACCUGCUUGUAUGGCUUCAGCAGUUUGGAGUACCCAGCUCACCUUCCAUGAAGGCAUAAUGAACAACACCUCACUACCUUUGACCUUUUCUUGUUUAUGACUGAAGUGGAUUCUUAUGCUCAUUUAUUGACUGGUUCAGCACCAGAUGGUACUUGAAGUGCUAUUUUUUUCUUCAACAUGUGAUGUUUUUAUUUCAGAGGACACAAACAUGGUUUUAAAUAGUUAUGCACACACAUUUAAAGUUUAAAUGCACAACUCAGUUUGAUGGAAUGACUAGACACUCAUCAGUUGGAUGAUUUAUUUUGAAUUAAAAGAUUUGUGUUUUGAAUAUUUGUUCAUUUGAAUUUAUGAUACCUUUUUUCAAGUUUUCUUUAGAUUUAAUUUGGUUUCUUGAGAUGUUAAGAUUUAAAUACAGUAAAUAAAGGACAUUAAUAUGUUAAUAAAUGGUGCACACAAGAAA